CUAACCUACCUGCCUCCCUUGCUAUGGCAUCUUGGCAGGUGACUUACUUAGUGUCUGCCUUAAGGGGCUGCUGGGGGGAUUAAAUGAGAUAAGACAUGUAGGUGUUUAGCAAUAUGUCUGGCUUGGUUAAGUGCUCAAUAAAUGAGUUACUAUUAUUAUAGGAACGUUUAAGUGGGAGCUGGGAGAAAAGGACAGUCUUCUGGAUGGAUUUCAGAAGUUUUUGUGAGAGUGGCUUGGGAGAUAUGAUCUCUGGGAAGGCUAACAUCGGGGUCCCCCUCCUGGGUGAAAAAAAAAGUUUAAGGGACGAGAAGGAGAGGUUGUAGGGUAAAGAUAAGCACCCCCCUUACCCCAGGGCUUUUUAGAUCUUUGUUCUCUGGUAGUUGAAUAACCAAAGGGGGUUUGAAAGGGCACGAGAAGGAACAGAAAGACAGUUGGAUUUCAGAAUAAGUAGGGUGUAUUUCUGUUGGUAAAGGAGACCCAGGAUACCGGAGUUAAGUAGACUCUAAAAACAGAAUAUAUGCUUUCCCCAAAUUGCUCAAUUUCCUCUGUCUGUUCUGGGCCUGUCCAGUAUAGCUCAGUGAAAACUUACUUACCCAUAGUUUUAGGAAAUUAGAGUAAACUUGUAUUUGGGGAAGGUGUUUAUAGGAAUUUAUGCUUAGCCCAUAGAUCCUGGUAUGUUUUCUUAAGGAUGAAAGGGCCUGUGAGUUGGGCAUGGAUGCAGCCAGAGGUUUCAGUCUCAUUUCUUGACCUUGUUUCCUCGGAAGCAGCUUGAGGAUCAGCCUUGGGGUCAUGACGCAAGUUUCGGGCGGCCACCUCUCACUCUGUGUGGGGAAGUGUGCAGAGUUCUCUUAGGACGCCCGAUCACGAGUUGGACUGUACUUACACUUCCUCUAAUCUGCAUGUGAACAAGCCUCUGUGGCACAAUGUGCAACCUUCCUGCCUUUCUUGUUCAGGGUGAGAGAGAAGUGGGGCUAAGCCGGGGCCUGGAGAGAGAGAGGGCUGUGCAUUCUUUCUCAGCCGCAGCCCUGUCCUCAGCUACUUUGCUUGGGGACAGCUUCCCCAGGGCUGCAGAAACUGCACCCACCCAGCUGACCGUCCAUCCUUUCUUCUGGGCGCCUGGUCCUGGAGCAGAGCUGACAAAGGAGAUUUCUGAGAGAGGGCGUUCUUAUCACAGAAAGUGCUGAGCCAAGAGCUCCUAGCCUGCCCCUUGCAGACGGGAAGGGCCAGUGAACCUUGGACCCAGACAGUUGCUUAACACCCCUCUCCCCCUCCCUCUGUCCCUCCGCCCUUCUUGACUUCUUGAUAUGACUUAAAUCCAUAAGCAUUUGCCCGGCCUUUCCUUUUACUACUGGCUGAAGAGCAGGAGUGGUCAGAUCACAGCUCCCAGAGGCUGUGUCUCUGUGUGGCCGCUGCCUCGGGGACCUGCUUCCACCCAGGGCCAGAGAAGGGCAAUGCCAGAAAGCUGGUGAAGGCUUUCUUCUCCUCCUCCACCAUGGUCGACGGCGUUAAGUAUGAAGUGGCCUCCCAGCAUGAGAGGGACGCCUCCCCUUUGGCAGAUGAAGCCAGCCCCAGGUCGGAGCAGGUAAAACUGAAGAAGGAGAUCUCGCUGCUGAACGGCGUGUGCCUGAUUGUGGGGAACAUGAUUGGCUCGGGCAUCUUUGUCUCCCCCAAAGGCGUGCUCAUAUACAGUGCCUCCUUUGGCCUCUCCCUGGUCAUCUGGGCUGUUGGGGGCCUCUUCUCCGUCUUUGGGGCCCUUUGUUAUGCGGAAUUGGGCACCACCAUUAAGAAAUCUGGGGCCAGCUACGCCUACAUCCUCGAGGCCUUCGGAGAGCUCCUUGCCUUCAUCCGACUCUGGACCUCCCUCCUCAUCAUCGAGCCCACCAGCCAGGCCAUCAUUGCCAUCACCUUUGCCAACUACAUGGUGCAGCCCAUCUUCCCGAACUGCUUAGCCCCCUAUGCUGCUGGCCGCCUGCUGGCUGCUGCCUGCAUCUGUCUCUUAACCUUCAUUAACUGUGCCUAUGUCAAGUGGGGAACCCUGGUACAAGAUGUUUUCACCUACGCGAAAGUAUUGGCACUGAUCGCCGUCAUCAUCGCAGGCACUGUUAGACUUGGCCAGGGAGCCUCGACUCACUUUGAAAAUUCCUUUGAGGGUUCAUCAUUUUCAGCGGGCAACAUUGCUCUGGCACUGUACUCGGCUCUGUUCUCCUACUCGGGCUGGGAUACCCUCAAUUAUGUCACCGAAGAGAUCAAGAAUCCUGAGAGGAAUCUGCCCCUCUCCAUUGGCAUUUCCAUGCCCAUUGUCACCAUCAUCUACAUCUUAACCAAUGUGGCCUAUUACACCGUGCUCGACAUGAGAGAGAUCCUGGCCAGCGAUGCUGUUGCUGUGACAUUUGCAGACCAGAUUUUUGGAAUGUUCAACUGGACCAUUCCAGUGGCAGUUGCGUUAUCCUGCUUUGGUGGCCUCAAUGCCUCCAUUGUGGCUGCGUCUAGGCUUUUCUUUGUGGGCUCAAGAGAAGGCCAUCUCCCUGACACCAUCUGCAUGAUUCAUGUUGAGCGGUUCACACCAGUGCCGGCUCUGCUCUUCAAUGGUCUCAUGGCGCUGAUCUACUUGUGUGUGGAGGACAUCUUCCAGCUCAUUAACUACUACAGCUUCAGCUACUGGUUCUUCGUGGGGCUCUCUAUCGUGGGUCAGCUUUAUCUGCGCUGGAAGGAGCCUAACAGGCCUCGUCCUCUCAAGCUCAGCAUUUUCUUCCCCAUUGUCUUCUGCUUCUGCACCAUCUUCCUGGUGGCUGUUCCACUCUACAGUGAUACCAUCAACUCCCUCAUCGGCAUCGGCAUUGCCCUCUCAGGCUUGCCCUUUUACUUCUUCAUCAUCAGAGUGCCAGAGCACAAACGACCUCUUUGCCUCCGCAGGAUUGUGGCAUCUGCCACGUGGUAUGUCCAGGUCCUAUGUAUGUCAGUUGCUGCAGAGAUGGAUUUGGAAGAUGGAGGAGAGACGCCCAAGCAACAAGAUCCCAAGUCUAACUAAACACCACGAGAAAUCCUGAGAUGUGGGCAGCAGGGGCCUCAUCUCCUAUUGGCUGGAGCCAAGGAAGCUGAAAAGCUCACUUCUUUGGAGGCGUCUGUCCAGAAGCCUCUUAGGCAGCUUCAACAACCUCUGAACUUGCUUUCUGAGAGAUGGAGAGUAAUUUAUUUGUUUUGCUACAUAUUGUUCCGUAUUUCUUUUAAAGGGACAAUAAAGCAGACUGUGAUGGGGAGCAUGCCAGGUGUGGGCCUGGAUGUUCCAUUGGCACAUUUCCACGUGUUAAGACAUCCACUCACCUCCAGUGUGCCUGCCCACUCCUCUUUCCCACUGAAAGACCCAAUAAUGCUCCAAACUUCCCGUCUCCUUUAGAGAGACGUCAAACUGUCAAAGGUGCUAGACAAUAAAAGGGUAUGUUCCUGAGCUCUGAAA